UCGCUUGGAAAUAAAAUGGACUGACGCUUUGAUAAAUAGAAAUUGAAAAAUUGGAAUAUCGUCGUCGAAUAAGAAUAUUAAAAAACGUAAAAUUAUUAAACUUAAUGGGAAUCAAGUGAAAGUUCUAAAGUGAUAAUGUAAACGGUAAAGUGUCGAUUUUAACUUUGAGAGUUAUUGCGUUUAUUUGAUUUAUUUAUCAACACGCUAGGUUAUACUCAGUUAAAGUGUUUGGCAAUUAGGCAUAGCCGAAGCCUUGUGUAAAAUAAAAUGGAAACUGUGGAGGAACAUCCAGUUAUUACUACAGAAAUAGAUGUCGUAAAAUUGAAUAUAAUCGAAGAACUGAGUGCCGACGAGUCAAAUGUAUGUCACAAAACUAAUGGUGUCGACUGCGCCGAGUCGACCGUAGGCGAAGGCGGUCAUCCCGAUGCGGAUGUGCCUGCCGAGAAGCAGUCUCAGCCGGACUUGGAGUCGCAGCCAGAGUCACACCUACUGGGGGUUGAAACCGAGAAACCUGAAAAUGUGACUAUUUCAGACAAUGUCGAGCCUAUUCUCGACAGUACUGAAGCUGCCGCUGCCCCGGAAAGCGAGCUUGAAAGCCCAAUGGAUCAGACAGAUGCAGCAAUAGAGGUACCAGAUUCUAAUACUGAAUCUGAAGUUCUGCAAGGUAGUGAGAUAUCUCCCACUGAUGAGAUACCUCAUGAGGUUACAACUGAAACUGUAGAAGAGUCUGAAAAAGAGAUUUGUAUUGAAGAAGGAAUUAUAACAGAGACUAUAGUUGAAAUGGAAUCCUCAGUGAGUACUGUUCAUUUUGAAACUGAAGUAGUGGUAGAAAAAAAUGAUAAUGAAGUUGAUAGUGAAUCAAUGGUCAUUGAAAACCAGGGCUGUGAUCAAGCAAAUAAUAUCUUGAAUGAAUUGGGACCAAAUAUUGAAUUGAGUGAAGUACUUCGUUCAUCUGAUGUCAGUGAAAAUGUUGAGAAUAAUAAUAGUUCUGUGAAACAAGAAAUUUUUAAUAAAGAAGAGUUACUUGAUAUUUUGGAAGGUAAUGAUGAUACAGAACAGCCUAUCCCUAAAGUGUCUGACACCUCUGCUCCAAAUGUAAAUAGAGAUGCUGAGAGAGCAUUGCUACAACUAUCUAGACUAUCAAGAAACUCAAGAAAAAAAAGUGACUUGAAGUCACCUAAAAUAAAAAGAGGUGAAAAAACAAAGAGUCCCAUAAAAGAUGCAUCUAAGGGUAAGAAUAUGGAAAAAGAAAAACAGCAGACGCUGGUGGAAGAGAAAAAACAAUUAGACAAUAAACUUCCAGAGAAUCAUGCAGACAGCACUGAAGAGUCUCAACUUGACAAUGAAGAACAAGACAAUAAAGUAGUUGAUAAAGAACAAGAUCAAGAGGACAAGAAACAACUGGAAAUCUUACAGACUGAUCAAGAUAAAACACAAACAGAUAGUAUUGUCAAAUCUCUUGUCAUGGAUUGGGAAGAUGAGCCCACAGAGAAUAAUGAAAUUAGCAUCAUCCAGGAGGGUGAAGACUUGAUAAAGGAUUUGGAGGAACUUAAAAAAAAACAAGAAAGCAUAGUUUCCAAUAAUGAUUCAUUGGAGACGUCAGUGAAAGAUUCACCAAGUGUUGAACUUUAUGAAGAAUCAACCAAAAUAGACAUUGACAGUCGCACACGCAGGAUCAGUCGAGUCAUAAAGAAAAAAGUUAUAUUUGACCCCGACAAUCCAGAUACUUUCACCAAAGGUAAAAGCAAACCUAAGGAGGCCCAGGUCCCAAAAGAGCCAACACCAUCUAAGAAACCUAAGUUGGAGCAAGUGAUACAGAGAUCUAAAUCAAAAUCACCAUUAUCUAAAUUGCAGUGGAAAAAACCAUCUGCGAAAAAUAGUAAACAACAUAGACGGUUAACCGAAGUUGACAAGCUAUUAAUGGACGAAGGCGCAGUGAAUAUGAUAUACCAGCUCACUCCUGAGGCAUCCAAGGGCAAAAAGAAUGUAAGAACAAAAGCAGAAUUCAUUAAGAAACUUCAAAGUUCUACUCCGGACAGUAAGGAAAUGAAGUUUAGAGAGAGAAAAAAGGAGUGCAAGUAUGAAGAAGGUGAAGCGAAAAAACUUCUCGGAGGAAAACAUAGACCAACUUUGAGUAGCUCAGUGAAAUCUCCCUGUGUCAGUGAAGAUUUCGAGACGCACAGUGCAGAUGAUUCUAUUAUUUACAGACGGCACUCUUCCAGCUCAUAUUCUAGCAGCUGUAUGAGUCCACGGCGUCUCAGUGACGUUGAGGCAGGAAGUACACAGUCACAGGUCACAAGAAUAUCCCAACCGCCCACCCCACAGCAUGAAACAGUAAAAAAACCUGACAAUGAGGAAACCGUCUUCCAGUCGGGACUUCCUAAAGAGUCAAGUAAUGAAAUGAUAAACAAGAACGAUAGUUGUUUAUCUAUUAAAGAAUCUAUUAAAGAGAAGUUAAAUUCGAAGUUAUCUCUCGCGCUAAAUAAAAGGAAAAGAGAGAAUUCCAAAAUUGAAAAGCCUGCAAAGCAGAAGAAACAUGAAAGUGUCACAACUUCUUCAAGAGAAGACAGGCUUGAUCAAUUUAAAUAUAUAUCUGUUACAUUUGAUCAAAGAUUAGCCAUAGUAUGUAUUAAAAAAACUGGUGUAAAAAUAUGUGUAGAGAUUUUGAAGGAAUUGGAGGAAGCGCUCAACCUUGUGGACAACAGGCAAGAUAUAUCAAUCACUCUGUUAGAAUCACAAUGUGGCACACUAUGCUCCAGUUUGGACUUGAGUCUGCUAUUGGGUGAAAAUAAAGAAAUAAUAGCAAAUCAUGCUUACGAGCUAGCAGAAUCUGUCAGGUCUCUGCUGGUGGUGGUGGCGCAGCACAGCAAGCUGGUGUGCUGCGGCGUGUGGGGCGCGUGCGCGGGCGUGGCGCUGGCGCUGGUGGCGCUGAGCGACGUGGCGCUGGCGUCCGAGGGCGCGUCCUUCUGGCUGGCCGCCGCCGCCGCGCCCGUGCUGCCUGGCGCCGCCGCGCUCACGGCGCGCUGCCGCCCGCUGCCGCAGGCGCUGGUGAACGAUUUGGUGAUAUUUGGUCGUCGACUGUCCGCGACGGAGGCGUUACAAGGCGGGCUCGUAAGCCGCGUGUUGUGGCCCGACAGAUUCGACGAGCAGGUGCAGAGUGUAGCGAGAGACAUCGCCGCACAACCGCUGCAGACUAUACUACUGAAGAAAAGACUGCUGAGUUUGAAGAGCAACAGCGAAGCGGAGCUCACAUUCCUGUCGAGUCUGGAGAUGGAGCGCGACCUGCUGGUGCAGUACUGGACGUCUGUGGAGGGUCAGGAGCUGCUGCGAGCUACGCUAGACGCCGCCUAGGCCAGCGUCACACUUUGUAUAACAUUUACUAUAGGUAUAUAGUCUAGUUGUCGCGCACUUUUCUUGUAGAUCUAAUAUCAGCCACACAAUGCUGCUCGCGCUGCCGCGAUGUUGCCCUGUCUUUCUACACACACAAAUUAUCGCGUACUAGUAAUUUGACUCGUGCCGACAUGAUUGGAAGCGGUGGGAAGCGGCUUGAAAUGCGACAGGACGAGCACAGGUCCCUUUAUACAGUGUUUAUUACCGUAUUUAUAUCUAGUCUGUCAACGUCUGCGCGGUGCGUUACUAUAGAUAUAAAUACCUCAAUAAACACUGUAUAGAAGCAUAUUAUUUUGUCUGCCACAGUACGUGUCUGGCACGUUAAAUGUCUGUAGAUAUGAACGGACCUUAACGUGGCCACACAUUUGCUUACUUUCCACGCUACUAGUGCAGUGUGUGGUGGGCGGGUAAGAUGUUACGAGAUAUAUCGUGAAGACAAAAAUACAUUGUCAUCGGUGUAUUGAAAAUAAUACUUUCGUCCCAUCGCCGAUAGCGAUAUUUACGAUUCUGUCGAUAAUAAUGUCGUUUUCCUUCACAAGUAAUGUCUAUGACCUAUCUUAGACUAGGUUUUUUAAAAGAUGUAAAUGAAAACUAAUCGAAAUUGAAUUUUAGUUGCUUCAAAAAUGUUGUGGCUAAUGUUUUUUUUUAAAUUGUUUUAUUGGCGGUAACAUUUGUAUUUCUAGAGAUGUGUAUAUUUUCUAUAUACUUUAUUAAACAUCUCAACCGAUUAUAUUAAUCGGUCUGUGCGCGCGACUAUUAUUAUUCUAUACAAAAUAUUAUCCUCAUUAUCGACAUUAACUUCAUUUCGCAAGUGGGGAAGAUAUUGCACGAUGUUUUUGAACAUUAUUUGUUGAAAGAAAGUAUCUAUGUCGUGUAAAUAAUGAAAUUAUAUAACAGAUUGCGUUAUUGAAUGUUACGUAUUGUUUAAUGAAAUAACGAAUUGAGAAAUUUGAAUGUAAGGGUUUACUUUAUAAGUGGACAAAUGGACUACUUUAGUUUGGCGUUAUAUUUCUGACUUUUAGAAGGGUAGUUUCUUUAAAUAAUGAAUUUUGAAACUCUACGGUCUAUUGUAAUGUGUCUGUGGUGUUCACAGUACUGAACACUGUUUAGUCUUGCUGAAUUUUGGUUAUCUAUGGUCGGUUAGAGUUAGUUAAAAAGUGUGUAUGCAAAAAAAUAUAUAUACAAUAUUCACUUUCUGUUAAACUUAGUUUUAAGUUGCAUUUAGGGUACGUGUUACACUAUUUGUGUUUCAAUGUCUAAAAAUUAAAUUAUUAUAAAAUUUUAAAUAUCUAAGUUUGCUAUUAAGUACUGCAAAUGCAAUAAAUUCAUGACAAAUAUCAUCGGAAGCAAUAAUCUGAUCUUUAGACCCGAGAUAGUGCUAAUUGGUAAAUCAGUGGCUCCAUUGCGCUGUGCAAUAAUAAAUUUUAAAAAGGUUAUAAAUUGCUCAUUUUUCUUUUAUUAGAUCUUAAAAAAUACAUUGUAUUUUUUUGAGACUUUUAUACUCCCAAAUUUUAAAUUAAACUUUUGAUUACAAGUCACAAAACGCUGUCCGCCAUGAUGGUCUAUAGUCUAUAGGUUAUCUUUGCCAUUACGUCAAACAAGUUACUAGUUUUCAUCUGUCAGUUUUAUAUGAAAAACCAUAUUUUUUUAUAUUUGUACCGAAAGUAUAGUAAUUACCAUCUCUGUUUUUAACGAGAUUCCAGGAAAACUAUAACUUGAAACAUUUCAGUUUAAAACAAAAAUUAAUAUUGUUUAUACCAAAUUUGAAAUGAGUCAACUACCCUAUCGUUGAUGUUUUUUUUUCCGCAUGGCGAUAAUCAGAUUGAAGCUGUUUUUGUAUAUAAUUUUAAUAAUUUUAAAUUAUAUUUUAUAGGUAUUACUGAAGAUUUCGAAAAAUGUGUUAUUUAAAUAAAUGAGAUACAAAAAAGUUUGGUCUCAUUGCAAAUGCUUUUUUUAAAAAACCAAUUUUGAAUAAACAUAAAAACCUUUAAUAUAUGUAAUGCAUUUGGUGUCGUUGAAUUGUCAUUCAAUUUGCUUUUGUUUGACUGAUUUCAAAAACGGAGCCUCCUGUAUAUUAUAAAAACCAACUUCUUUUUUGAAGUUUGUUCUUAUGAUAUUGUAACAUAUGAAUUUGCAGUAUUAGGAUACAAACUACGAUAUUUUAGUUUUUUGUUUAAUAUACGAUGAAUUGUAUUGUUUUUUUUUUAUAUUGGAGAAAGACUGCUUUUUUAUUUGGACGAUAAACCAUUUUUGGAGACUGGCGUUUAGAUAGCAGUUACAAAAAGCGACGGUUUUGUUAGAUCAUAAUUACUAGAAAGAUUUAAAAAAUAAACUUUAUAGUUAUGUUGUAGUUUAAAUUGUUUAUUUCUUUGUUUUAGAUAUAAUAUGAGUUUAUCAUAUCAUUUAGGUUAUGUUAAUAAUAUUUUCAGCCAAAGUUCUCAUUGAAUAUUUUCAAGGAUUAAAGUAACUGUUAACAUAAAACUGUAAUUGCAAUUUCGUGGUUUCGGUAGGUGCAUUUCAUUCCUUUUGUGUAUAAAAUUAAUCCUUAUGUUAAAGUAAUUAGUAAAUAAUGUACUUUUCGAAUCAGUAUAGGGUUUAUUUAGAUUAAAUUCACAAAGUUUAUGUAGAUGUAAGUAUAAAAAUAAGAUAGGGUAGUUGACUCAUAUCAAAUUUAAUAUAAAGAAUAUUAAGUUAUUAUAGUACAUGGAAUAAGGGUUCGAACUGUAUGGAUUUUAGCGGACGCCCGUGACUUCGUCCGCCCUUAGACCUCUUUUAUCCGGUUCUAUCGCAAAAUACGUUCUUAGUCGAUACCUACUAACUAAAAACUACCUCCCUGCCAAAUUUCACCUUUGUUUUCAAGUAUUCGUUUCGUUAUUAUAUUCCUUUCGAUUUAUAUAUUAUGAUUAUGCAUAAAUCAUGAAAGAAAAUACGAAAUUCAAUCUUAAAACGGGGUUUAGGUAUUCUAUUCUAUUCUAUUCGACUUUCAACCCAUAUUUCACCCUAUCUUCUCUUUUAAUUUUAGGGAUAAAAAGUAGCCUAUGUUCUGCCCCAAGGUCCCAUUUAUCAUAAUACCAAAAUUUUGAUCAUUUUGAUCGGUUUAACCGUGAAAAGGUAACAGACUGACAACAACUUCAAAAACGCUGUUAUCCCUUGAUUUGAAUUUUUUUUUAAAUUCUUUAACUUUAACUUCAAAAACUCUGUUAACCAUUUUGUGACGUCACGAUGUUACUUGAUGUCACUAAAGGAAUAUUAACAACUAAUAAUUUGGUUAAAAACUUUUGUUAAGGUUUACUGUUUAUGGGCUUACGUGUUGUCAUGUAUCAGAUAAAAUAUAGGUAGACCAUCAUGGCUGAUAGCGUUUUGGCUUGUGUUGUCAAAAACAAUAUUUAAAAAAAAAUUAAAUUUUUAUGUGUCAAUGUAUGUUUUUUUUUUGUUUUCAGUCACCCAUUUUAAAAAGUGUCAACUAGCCUAUAUUGUUUACAAAAAUAAAGUGCCUUUCAUAGUA